CAGCGAUGUUUCUACACGGUCGCUAUUUCCGCCGCAACCGGUGUCGCCAUGUCGAAACAUCUUCGCUUCGUGGCUCGGACUGUGAUGGUUCAAAACGGCAACGUUGACGCGGCGUACAAACAUCUGAACAAGGUCCUGACCCAGGAUAGGAUCAUUGAGGCGGUGAAGCACAAGCGGUACUUUGAGAAGCCCUGCAGAGAGCGACAACGGAAGAGCUAUGAGAACUGCAAGCGUAUUUACAACACUGAAAUGGCCAGGAAAAUUGCCUUCAUCUCCAGGACAGACAGACCUGAUCCCUGGGUUGGAAUGUGAUGAAAGGACGGUGUUCUCAUUGGACUGGAGUCGGCAGGUUGGGAAAAAGAAAACAGCAACUCAAUGUUAGUAUCAUCAAACGGAAGGACGGGCAAUUAUUUGUAUCGUCUUGCAAGAAAAUGCUCCUCUUUCUCAUGGCCAAAACUCUGGUAUGAAAUAUUGCUGUCCUUAUCCUUGGCAAAGUAGAACUUUUGCAUCUGGAAAAAGUUAGCUCAUUUGUUGCAUUAAAUGUACAUGUAUGUGCACGUCAUGUACAUUUUAUUGAUUAAACCUCAUAAAAUGA